UUUGAAACGCGCGCGCGUGGACCAUGCUGGUCCAGCUGGUGCUUCGAUUCGUGCAAAGGAGCUGCCAAAGCGCAGCCAAAGGAGCGAUCGAUGGACCGAGCCAACAUCUCGGUGAGCUACGCCGGCGCCGCCAGCCUCGCGCUCUUCGGGCAGAACGACGACUGCCACAAGUGUGCCCUCGUGCGCCUCCUUCCGGAUGGCUGCACCGACGUCAACUGCUCGACGCUCUCGUCAGACGCGAGCCUGUACCUUCUCAACACGGUGUACCCGUGGAGCCUCGAGCUGCGCGCCGACGACAACGACACGGCGGUCUGGUCGGAGCGCCGAACGUUUGCUGACACGGGCGUCUACGCCAUGCGUGUCGAGGACGCGACGGGCGACGCCGUGGCCGUCACGUUCAGCACGACGGUCGAGCCGUCGCCGUCGCGCAUCUUCCUCGUGAUCGGCCUCGUGCUCCUUGCGUGGUUGCUCUCGUGCUUUGGGCUCUUCUUCUACAAGCAGCGCCGCGCCCAUGCUUCCGCACCGUCGUCCACGGGCGACCUCGAGGCUCCUAUUGACUACUGCGGGGACGACGCACGCAGCGAUGACGACACCCACGAGCAGCCACUGCUCGCGCCGCCACCGCCGGCCAAGACGCGCGUUGUGAGUCUCGACGUCUUCCGCGGGCUCACGAUCGUGUGCAUGAUCUUCACCAACCUCGGCGGCGGACGGUACUGGUUCUGGACGCAUGCCACGUGGAACGGGCUCACGCCGGCCGACGUCGUCUUCCCUUGGUUUGUGUGGAUCAUGGGCGUGACCAUGAACAUCGGCAUGCGGUGUCAUGUGAAGAAGGGCACGUCGCUCUGGACGCUUGUGCGGAGCAGCCUCGUCCGCGCGAUCAAGCUCUUUUGCCUCGGGCUCUUUGUCAACAACAUGCACGACCUGGACACGUGCCGCGUUCCUGGCGUCCUGCAGACGUUCGCCUUUGCCUACUUGCUCGUGACGCUGAUCGUGGUCGCGGGCGUGUCGGGCAAGACGCCAGUGCAGACGCACCUGAUCCAAGCCGGCCUCGUUCUCGGCGUCACGGCCAUUUACCUCGGGCUCAUCUUUUUCUUGCCCGUACCCGGUUGCCCGACGGGGUACUUUGGGCCGGGUGGCGAUGGUGAUUUUGGCGAGUACCGCGACUGCCUCGGCGGCGCCCAUCGGGUCGUGGACCGGUACAUUUUUGGCGACGAGCACAUGCUGCAGGGGGGCACCCCCAUGGGGGUGUACGGCCCGGAAGGUCCGUGGGACCCCGAGGGCUUUCUCAAUUGGCUCUCGGCGUCGGUCUUGACGUACUUGGGCUACGUGGUCGGCGGCGCCUUCCUCAAUACAGCGUGCUGGAAGCGCAAGACGGUGCUUUUGUGUGGCGCAGGCGGUGUCUCAUGCCUCGUCGGGCUCGUUCUCUGCGGCUUUACGAUCAACGACGGCUUCAUCCCGAUCAACAAGAAUCUGUGGAGUCUCUCGUUCGUCUGUGUGACGUCGGGGCUCGCGUGCGUUGGGCUCUGCGUCAUGUACCUCCUUGUCGACAAGUUUGGCAUUUGGUCGGGCGCGCCGCUCUCGUACGCUGGCAUGAACGCGAUCGUGCUCUACGUCGGGCACGAGACGCUCGGGGGCUUCUUCCCCUUUUCGUACGAGCACGCUGAGACCCACACGGCGUGGACGCUCUCCAACCUCAUCGGCACCGCGUCUUGGGUCGCGAUCGCCUACGCUAUGUACCGCAAAAAGAUCUUUAUCACGGUGUAACUCGGCCGACGAUACGGAACCUACCCCUACGAUUUCUUCACAAUGGUUAAAUAGGUCUAUCGACAGUGUUAAAACUCGUUUUCUUUGUCGGGCAG